GCGCCCGCAGCCUCGCGGCGCACACGGACCUAAUUGCCAACGUGGGGAACGGAGCACGGCCCGCAUCCCGCUCUUUCCGCUCCCCCAGCUCCUCCCGCCCCAGCCGCCGCGAGCACCGAGACCCAGACCAGAGGCGCAGCGGCCCCGGCCAGCCGGAGAUCAUGGCCAAAAUGGAGGUGAAAACGUCCCUUCUGGACAACAUGAUUGGAGUUGGGGAUAUGGUUCUUCUGGAGCCUCUCAAUGAGGAGACCUUCAUCAACAACCUCAAGAAGCGCUUCGACCACAAUGAGAUAUAUACAUACAUCGGAAGUGUGGUUAUAUCAGUAAACCCCUACCGGUCUCUGCCGAUUUAUUCUCCCGAGAAAGUGGAAGAUUACAGGAAUAGAAAUUUUUAUGAACUGAGCCCGCACAUCUUCGCCCUGUCCGACGAGGCCUACAGAUCCCUCCGUGAUCAAGACAAGGACCAGUGCAUCCUCAUCACUGGGGAGAGCGGAGCAGGAAAGACAGAGGCGAGCAAGCUGGUUAUGUCCUAUGUGGCAGCUGUUUGUGGAAAAGGAGCAGAAGUCAACCAAGUCAAAGAGCAGCUCCUGCAGUCCAACCCGGUCCUGGAAGCUUUUGGAAAUGCCAAAACUGUAAGGAAUGACAACUCUUCUAGAUUCGGAAAAUAUAUGGAUAUUGAGUUUGACUUUAAGGGUGACCCACUCGGAGGUGUGAUAAGCAACUUUGCUGCUGUAGUGGUUCGAAGUGGGGUACCGGCGGGGGGUGCCUGGAACCAUGUGCGACACCAACAGCCAAUUUGCGUAUGUGACUCCACAGACAAACUUAAGCUGGAGCGGGAUUUCAGCAGGUACAACUACCUGAGUCUGGAUUCAGCCAAAGUUAACGGGGUGGAUGAUGCGGCCAAUUUCAGGACUGUUAGGAAUGCCAUGCAGAUUGUGGGCUUCAUGGACCACGAAGCCGAGUCUGUCUUGGAGGUGGUGGCGGCCGUGCUGAAACUGGGGAACAUUGAGUUCAAGCCUGAAUCACGUGUGAAUGGGUUAGACGAAAGCAAAAUCAAAGAUAAAAACGAGUUAAAGGAAAUCUGCGAGCUGACUGGCAUCGAUCAGUCCGUUCUAGAACGUGCGUUCAGUUUCCGAACAGUGGAAGCCAAGCAGGAGAAAGUUUCAACGACCCUGAAUGUGGCUCAGGAAGGGCAGGCGUGCCAGGGCUCAGAUCCAGGGCUUGUGUCCGCAGAGCUCCACCCUGGCGUCCGCAACGUGACUGUGAUGGGCCGGGGUGUCAGCGACAACAGCUUCGAGCAGUUCAUUAUCAACUAUUGUAACGAGAAGCUGCAACAAAUCUUCAUCGAGCUUACUCUGAAAGAAGAGCAGGAAGAGUACAUACGGGAGGACAUAGAAUGGACUCACAUUGACUACUUCAAUAAUGCUAUCAUUUGUGACCUAAUAGAAAAUAACACAAACGGCAUCCUGGCCAUGCUGGACGAGGAGUGCCUGCGGCCCGGCACCGUCACGGAUGAGACCUUCUUGGAAAAGCUGAACCAAGUGUGCGCCACCCACCAGCACUUCGAGAGCAGGAUGAGCAAGAGCUCGCGCUUCCUCAAUGAUACGUCCCUGCCCCACAGCUGCUUCCGGAUCCAGCACUACGCGGGCAAGGUGCUGUACCAGGUGGAAGGGUUUGUUGACAAGAACAAUGACCUUCUCUACCGAGACCUGUCCCAAGCCAUGUGGAAGGCCAGCCACACCCUUAUCAAGUCUUUGUUCCCUGAAGGGAAUCCAGCCAAGAUCAACCUGAAAAGGCCCCCGACAGCAGGGUCACAGUUCAAGGCAUCCGUGGCCACCCUGAUGAAAAACCUACAGACCAAGAACCCGAACUAUAUCAGGUGUAUCAAGCCAAACGAUAAGAAGGCAGCUCACAUCUUCACCGAGAGCCUGGUGUGUCAUCAGAUCCGGUAUCUGGGGCUCCUGGAGAAUGUGCGGGUGAGGCGGGCAGGCUACGCAUUCCGGCAGGCCUACGAACCUUGUCUCGAAAGAUACAAGAUGCUUUGCAAACAAACGUGGCCUCAUUGGAAGGGCCCGGCAAGAUCUGGUGUGGAGGUCUUGUUUAAUGAAUUAGAAAUUCCCAUGGAAGAGUAUUCCUUUGGCAGAUCAAAGAUAUUUAUCCGAAACCCAAGAACAUUAUUCACCUUAGAAGACCUGAGGAAGCAGCGGCUGGAGGACCUGGCCACGCUCAUUCAGAAGAUUUACCGGGGGUGGAAGUGCCGCACCCACUUCCUGCUGAUGAAGAAAAGCCAGAUUGUGGUCGCCGCCUGGUACCGGAGAUACUCGCAACAGAAGAGGUACCAGCGGACCAAGGCUUCUGCCCUACUGAUUCAGUCCUACAUCCGGGGCUGGAAGGCUCGAAAAAUCUUGCGGGAACUGAAGCAUCAAAAGCGCUGUGAGGAGGCAGCCACCACCAUCGCCGCCUACUGGCAUGGGACCCAGGCGCGAAGGGAGCUGAGACGGCUGAAGGAGGAGGCUAGGAAUAAACAUGCUAUUGCAGUAAUCUGGGCUUACUGGCUUGGAUCGAAGGCUCGAAGGGAAUUGAAACGCUUGAAGGCGGAGGCUAGGCGUAAGCAUGCAGUGGCUGUCAUUUGGGCUUACUGGCUUGGACUGAAGGUGCGUAGGGAAUACAGGAAGUUCUUCAGAGCUAACGCUGGAAGGAAAAUCUAUGAGUUCACCCUGCAGAGAAUCGUACAAAAAUACUUCUUGGAAAUGAAAAGUAAGAUGCCUUCCUUAUCGCCAAUAGACAAGAACUGGCCCCCGAGGCCUUACCUGUUCUUGGAUUCCACUCACAAGGAGCUGAAGAGGAUUUUCCACUUGUGGAGGUGUAAAAAAUACAGGGACCAAUUCACAGACCAGCAGAAGCUCAUUUAUGAAGAAAAGCUCGAAGCCAGUGAACUCUUCAAAGACAAGAAGGCUUUAUACCCAUCUAGUGUUGGGCAGCCAUUCCAAGGAGCGUACCUGGAAAUCAACAAGGACCCCAAGUACAAGAAACUCAAAGAGGCCAUUGAGGAGAAGAUCAUCAUCGCCGAAGUUGUGAGCAAAAUUAACCGUGCUAACGGGAAGAGUACAUCCCGGAUUUUUCUCUUAACAAAUAAUAACCUCCUCCUUGCUGACCAGAAGUCUGGACAGAUCAAGUCCGAGGUGCCCCUGGUGGAUGUGACCAAGGUGUCCAUGAGUUCGCAGAAUGAUGGCUUCUUUGCUGUCCACCUUAAGGAGGGCUCUGAAGCAGCUAGCAAAGGAGACUUUCUCUUCAGCAGUGACCACCUGAUUGAAAUGGCUACCAAGCUCUAUCGCACGACGCUCAGCCAAACCAAGCAGAAGCUCAAUAUCGAGAUUUCCGAUGAGUUCCUGGUGCAGUUCAGACAAGACAAAGUAUGUGUGAAGUUUAUUCAGGGCAACCAGAAAAACGGGAGUGUCCCAACCUGCAAACGAAAAAACAACCGCCUCCUGGAAGUCGCUGUCCCUUAGCCAGCGGCUCCUCUCCGCCCUCACGGACUGGUUCUCUGUGACAGUGCAAUUGGGUUUGGUUUUGUUUGGGGUUCAUUGUAUGUUUGGUUAUUGCCAGAGGCUCACUGUUAGGGUCUCUUGGCAAAAUAAAAGUAUUCGACUAAUCAGUUUUUACUAUUGGAAUAGUUUAACCCUUCCAUACACAUUCUAUCCUGGGGCAGGGUUGUAGAAACUAACAGUGUCUAUUUCGAUGUCAUAUGUGUUUCCUCUUUAGUAACCAUGUUAGGUCUUUAUACCCUAAAUCAGCAUAUUACUUAUAAAUCAUUAAUACAUGUAAGUGUAGAAAGUGGACUUAAAAGGUAGUGCAUUCAUUUAUCAAGUAUUUAUUGAAUGCCUAUUGAGCGGGGCACAGUGCUAAGCAGUGUAGAAACUUCCUCGGAGCCUGGGCACCGCGAGGGCCAUCAUACUCUGGCUGGUUUGCCUUAGCGACAGCUAAAAGGUUUAAAAAGCUUGAGACCAAAACAGUAACUGCAGUGCAUGGACAGCAUUGCGGGGACCCUGUAGCCUGAUUGUAGCCUGUGGAUGAUUUGAGGAGGGCUGGUCCUAAGAAGGAAGGGGACCGUGUGACAGCAGAACCCUUCUACAUUUUUUCUAUUGAGAAAAGAAAACUGACAUUUGAACUGGAUGCUGCAUCUGUUCAGAUCUCCUACAAUUACGUGUAACAGUGGAAAACAGAAGUCCCCUUUCUAGAAAAGGUGCCAGGAGCAGUCCAGCGAGAUGCGGAGCUUGCUGGUUCUGCUCCACAUCCUGCAGGGUCCUCCAUAAACUGUCUUUGGGGUUUUCACCCAGAUGGGUGUAGCUAUUUUUCCAGCUCACACAGCAGAGAAAGGCCCGAGCCUUUCCAAGCGGCAGGUAUUCUGGAUGAGGUGCAAUAAAACAUCGAGAGAUCUUUUGUGAACGUUUUAUUUAUAAUACACAUUUUUGUAUGGGAGAGGUUGUUAGGACAGGGUGCAUAUUUUAAUAGAGGAUCAAAAUUUGUGUUAAUUUGUAGGGCUAUUUUUCCUUGCAAUUUAAAGAUUCAUUUUGGAAACUACAUUUUAAACUUUGGAAUCAAAUUGUUUCUUCAGGAGGAUGAUGUUUAUAUACAUUGGUGUUCUGUAAUAAUAAAAUUGUUCUAAAUCGGUGCCA